AAGAGAUAACUAUUCGAACAGUUGCAAUCGGCAACAGCUUUUAUAAUCCUACCAAAACGAACGUAAACGAGGAAUAUGGAUGACCAAAACGUUUUGAAGAAAUCGUUCAUUGUUGGUCUUUGCAAUUUAAUUCUGACUACCAUAGAUGUCAGAGGAUUAGGGUCUUAUUCAGCUAUUCACGACAACGUCGAGUUCAUCUUCUACAACAAUGAUACUGCCAAUUGGGCCGAUGGUCAGGAAAGAUGCAGUCAAGAUGGAGGGCAUCUUGUUACCUUGGAGACCAUUAGAAAGUGGGAGUUCAUUUCCCAAGAAAUUCAAAAUCUUUCUAAUCCAAGAGAUGACGAGUGGUAUAUUGGCUUACAUUUGAAUAAUAAAACUUGGACAUGGAUUAAUGGUAAGCCAAUGAACAAAUCAACUUUGCUCUGGCAGCCGAACGAGCCAUCAGGUGAUGGAACGUGUGUGGUCAUUGCAAAGGAUUAUCCACCACAAACGUACGGGAAGUAUAAUGACUUGAGCUGCGAAACGAUCAAAGGAUUCAUAUGCGAAGUGAGGUUUCCCACAGGUCCUGACCUAGUUUUGGACGAAAAAUGGCUGAAAAUCAGUGGCGACGAGAUCAAGGACCUGACUUCUGACCCUCGCUACCCUGACAACGCCACUGAAAGUGGAUAUCGUUCUCUCUUCAAGGAUAAUCAUCUGAAUGACGUUUACUACAACCAUGGAGCACGAUACCGUUCAUAUUUUCAAGCACAGGAGACUGGAAACUACACCUUUUACACGUUUUGUGACGACAGAUGCCGCUUGUAUCUGAGUAGCGACGUCAAUCCCAGAUAUAAAAAAACGAUUAUUAAUCAAACUAAACUUGUAUCCUACGUAAACGAGAGUAACUGUUGCAGCGAUUUAGAAGAUGUGCAAAUAUCUCCUCCUCAAUAUCUGGAGGAGUCACGACUCCACUACAUAGAACUUUUGUUUACGCAAGGCAAAGGGAAUUCGAGGAUGUAUGUAGCCAUGAGAACACCUAGUGGCCAGAUGGCAUUGCCAAUUGAAAGCGAACAUUUGGUGAAACAGGUACCCCUGUACGAUAUUCCUGGGGAUGGUUGUAAGACGGAAGGAGAUCCGAGGUAUCCCGAUUACGUACAUUGCAAGGCACUUUCGGAUACGCAAAAGGUGGACCGUGCAAUUUCUUUAUUAAGAGAUUUGAGGUCUCGUGUGAACGACAGAAGUCCUACUGCUGAUUUUUUCCGUUCGGUGAUGAAGACCGCUGGAAAGAGGACAAGUGAUCUGCUAGAAGAUCUAGAUAACAUUCGUGUGAACCAGAACACUUCUGAAUCAAACCUUGGUUUUACAAUCGCCAGAGAGGUUGAACGUCUCGGAGAAAGCAUCGCUUCUCGUGUGAGCAAAGAUACACCAGUGAUAGCUGUUAAUUAUUCAAGUUUAGAUAUGAAAGCGGGUUAUGGAAAUCUGGACGCUUCCUUCAAAAGCUCUACACCUUCGAGUAAUUCUGAAAGCGAAAACAGCAUAACCAUAUCUCUGGGAAAUUCAACACGAGGACAAGAUGGAACGCGAUUCUUUGCUGCAUUUUACAGAUCAUUAGAAAAAGUUCUUCAAAUGAAUAUCAGCCACGUAUACAGCAAUGAAUCCAGCCAGCAAGUGCCCCACUUUUUGAACAGCAAAAUCAUAUCAGGAUUGAUAAUCCCUGAUUCAAACAAGUCUUUCAAUGGCCAAGUUAUCAUUCGAUUGGAGCACACACAGUUCAAAAGCUCGGAGCAUAUGUCUAUGGAGUGUGCUUUUUGGAGAUUUCCAAAGGGAAACUCAAGCAACUCAUCGGGCUACUGGUCGAUUGAUGGAUGUAACAAGGACGAGGGGCUUUCAGACGCUGAGGCCACAGUGUGUCGUUGUAACCACCUUACUCACUUUGGCAUACUUAUGAGAGUCUCUGAUGAUACACAGGUAACCCAGCCAGGUCAGCCGCACGUUCAAGCCUUGCAACUUAUCACAUAUAUUGGUUGUGGUUUAUCGCUUUUAGGAGAAAUUCUCACAGUUGUUGCGAUCAUAUGUCUCAAGCUGACUAAAUCCGAAACAAGUAUAAUUCAUCUGAACCUCGUCGUGGCGCUGGCAGUUUCCCAGAUCACUUUCCUGACAGGAAUCGAGGCCACACAGAACAAGGCAGCUUGCAAGAUCGUGGCCGUCCUUCUUCACUAUUUUAACAUUGUCUCGUUCUGCUGGAUGUUGGUCGAGGGGGUUUGGCUCUACCUGAUGAUAGUAAGAGUGUUUGAGACGGGACACAGCAGAAUAAAGAAAUACUGCGCUUGUGCAUGGGGAUUUCCAUUUGUAUUUGUUGUGAUCACAUUAUCUGCAAGUUUUGACGGAUAUGGCACAGAAACAAGUUGCUGGUUAUCUGUUCAGAAAGGAACCAUUUGGAGUUUCGUCGUACCCGUUAUCCUCAUUGCUUUGGCAAAUUCGAUCAUACUUGGGAUGGUUGUUAAGGAGAUUCUCAGGUUGAAUCAUCCAACAACAGAAAAUAGUACAAAAUAUCAGUCUGCAAGGUCAGGUGUUCAGUCGGCCAUUGUACUCCUACCUUUGUUGGGGAUUACAUGGUUAUUUGGAGUAUUGACAUUCAACAGCGAUACUUUGGCAUUUCAGUAUCUAUUCGCCAUUUUUAACUCGAUACAGGGAUUUUUCAUCUUCUUGUUUCACUGUCUUCUCAACUCUGAGGUGAGAAGAGCCUUUCACAGGAAAAAGAAGGUAUGGUCCGAGUCGCAUGACGCGUUCCAAACACAUUCACUGACUCCACAAAACUACAAUGACAUCUCCAAGGAGACCCUCUCCACUGGAAACGACGUCAGGCGACCCGGGUCAGCGAUCUCUGCCACGUCCGAUUUGUCUAACAAACCAUGACAGGUUGAGUGUCUAAGUUGCAGACUAUCGUUGCUGGAUGACUGGCUUGUAAAGUAGUUCAAACUAUAUAAUUCUUAAGAUUUGAUUGGAAAUUUCCCCC